AUGCUAAAACCUCUCCUGGACGCGCCUGACAAGCGGGACGGCCUCCUCGAUCUCCGCAAACAAGCCCAUGUCCAAGAGACCCUCGCGCACCAUCGCCUCCAACAGGUCCCUCAGCCACGCGCGACACUUGUUGACGGUCGACGUGGGCUCGAACGCGACAGCCUCGGCCGGCUACAAGAUGCGAUGGCGCUGAGGGCGGGAAAAUGUGCCAAGCGGGAUGAGCGUGUCCUCGGCGAGGGAGUGGGGGCUGCGGAGGACGGCGGUGGGAGUGGUAGGGUAGUUGUACUUGCCGGGGAUACCGUUGAGCUGGAUGACCUGGACGACGAGCUGGGCGUCGCUGGUGCGGUUAUGCCAGAGGAGGGUGACGUGACGCGGCUUGCGCUCGAGGCCCUUGGCUUCGAGGCAGACGGGCUUGGGGCGAGUCUGAGCGAGAGCAAGGAGCUGCGCAUUAUCGAUCAGGGUAGGAGUGGACAUGCUGAGCACGCGUCUUUCCCGCCACCCGCGAUGAGCUCACCCGUCCGUUUGGCCAUCUGCACCAUCCAGGCCGACUUCCCGGACGUCAUCAACGACGUCCGCACUGCCGCGGUCCCCGAUGGCGCCUUCUGGCUCUCCUGCUACAAGACCGGCGAACCGUCCGUCCACGCCAAGGUCCACGCCGCCCUCGACGACCACGACCGCGACCUCGUCCGCCUCAGUCCCUCCCACGACGUGCGCCUCUCCGUGACCGGCGGUCGUGCAGAUGCUUGGCAGGCCGAGUACUCCGCCGCCUGCCCCGCACUCGACCUUCCCGACACGCCCCUCAUCAUCCCCGUCCAGUCAUACUCGGACCCCUCUCCCUCUGAUCCACGCAGAGCCCACAAAAUAACCGCCUUCGACGUCGCCCCCGACCGCUCCCAGCUCGCGACCGCCUACAGCGACGGCACCAUCUACCUCCGCCGCACCUCUCCACUCUCCUCUUCUGCGCCUUCACCACGUCCCUAUGCCCAGGCGAAACCACACCUCUCGACGCCCACCGUCCUCCGCUUCUUCCCAUCCUCCCGCGUACUCCUCACCGCCGGCCUCGACUUCGCCCUCACCAUCCUCCCCGCCGACCCACCAACCCCCGGCACACCCGCUCAACCAGCACCAACACGCCUCUCUCCCGUGCGCACCCUCAAGGGGCACACCCGCGCCGUCACCGCCACCGCCAUCGUCGGCCGCGGCCGCACCGUCCUCUCCGCCUCGCGCGACGGCACCCUCCGCCUCUGGGACGUCCCCUCCGCCACCCAGAUCCGCGCUCUCCCGUCCGCAGGCGGCGCGUGCGUCCCGAUCCUCGCGCUCACCGUCGGCGCGCGCCAAGGUGAAGGCGACGGCGAGGGCAACGCGGACGUGGACCCGCGCGAGGUCGAGACCUCCGACAAGCUCGCCUUCCUCGCGCUCGCCGACGGCUCCUUCGAAGCGCACGACCUCCGCACCAAGCGCGCCGUCCUCCGCGUCCCCUCCACCGCUCCUCUUCCCGCCUGUGCGCUCCAGGCGAUCGCGUACGACGCCCCACGCGCCGCGCUCGCGACGGGCGACGCGCACGGGAUCGUGCGCAUCUACGACGUCCGCGCGGGCGACGCGCGCCCGCUCGCCGCGGUACAGCGGAACACGGCGGGGAUCGAGGACCUCGCAUGGCUCCCCUUCCCGUCCCCGCCCCCUUCUCCCUCUCCUUCCUCUCGCUCGCGCUCACCAUCACCCGCCUCUUUCCCGCACCCACACCCCAACGGCAUCACAUCCGCGGCAGCGGCGCUCACGCUGGCCGUCGCCCCCGCCGACGGGCUCGCGUACCUCCUCACCCUCGGGCACGGCGGGGCUGCGCCCGGCGUGUGCGCGGAGCUCGUCGGCGCGGACUGCGAGGCUGUCUCGUGCGUGCGCGCAUUCGCCGUGGAGGAAGGGGGCGGCGCGGAGGUGUGGAGCGCCGCGGCGGAUGGGGUCGUCCGGCGCUACGCGGUGUGA